AUGGAAUACGGCAAUAAUCAAGAAGUUAACUCAAGAGAUGCAAGCAAUCCUUAUGACUUCAAAGGUGUAGAGGCGAAGCCACCUCCAAGUUCUUACAACAAUCGGAAUAUUAUCAGCAGGCAGAAGCAGACAGCUAUGGGAACAGCGAUGAGGCUUGGGACUGGAGCUCAAAGAUUAGGAACUGCAAUGAAGUCUGCUAAAGGAGCUGGGUAUCAAUCAAAAGAAAAGUUUGACCCACUAUCUGGUAAAGGUCCGGCUGAAGCUCUUCAAAAGAAAACUGAGAAAACAGAGGAAGAAAACUAUAAAGAACUCGAAGUUGAAGUCCACACUCUUCUAGAGCAAAGUGCAGAAGCUAAAAUUAAGAAGAACUUUGUUGAAGCUCUCUCUAAAGCCAAAGAAGCUGCGAAUAAAGAAAAGAAGAUCAGACAGAUUAGAGAGUCAACUGGCAACUUAGACCAGGUGAACAUUGAUCUGACCUUCUAUGUUUUCUAUAACUUGGCUAAUAUGUAUCAUGCUAACCAAAUGUAUCAAGAGGCUCUAAACAGUUAUACAAUCAUUGUCAAAAAUAAGCAGUAUCCUCAAGCUUCAAGACUAAGGGUUAACAUGGGAAAUAUUUACUUUGAGCAAAAGAAAUAUCCACUUGCCAUCAAGAUGUAUAACAUGGCUUGGGACUCAGCCAUGCCUCAAAACAAAGAGAUGAGGAUGAAAACCAAGAAGAACAUUGGUCUUUGCUAUCUUAAGCUAGGAGCUUACGGAAAAGCUAUUGAAACUUAUGAAGAUAUUAUGAACGAUACUCCUGAAUUCGGCGUUGCCUUCAACCUGCUCGUCUGUAUUUAUGCACUUGGUGAUGCUACCAAGAUGAAGAGUUGGUUUGAAAGAAUGCUGAUGAUUGAUCUCCCCGGAAGUGAAGAAGAAGAAACUGAGGAAAUCCUCGCGCUUCAGAACAAAAAUAAGGGGGAAGAAGAAGCUUCUGAUAUCAAAGAUCCUCUCAAAGAAUACUUUAAAGCAAAGAAGAAGGAAGCUUUGAAAAGUAUCACUGAUGCUGCUAAGCUUAUUGCUCCAGUCAUUGAAGAAGACGUUGUCCAAGGAUAUGACUGGGUCGUCGAGAUGCUCAGAACUGCGAACCUCCAAGAAGUUGAAAGUGAAAUAGAAAUUGCCAAAGCUGUUCACUUCAUAAAAACUAAGGAUAUUGAGAAGGCAAUAGAGCUCUUUAAGAGCUUUGAGAAGAAGGAUAAUAUCAUGAUGGCAAGAGCUGCUAAUAAUAUAUCUUUCUUGUACUUCCUAGAGAAUGAUUUCCCUAAUGCUGAAAAGUUCUCUGACAUGGCUAUUCAGAAUGACAGAUACAAUUCUAAAGCACUGGUCAACAAAGGGAACUGCUUGUUCAAUGAUGAAGAAUAUGACAAAGCAAAGGAGUUCUUCCUUGAAGCUAUUGGUGUGGAAGCUGAUUGUGUAGAAGCUAUUUAUAAUCUUGGAUUAGUCUACAAGACUCUUGGAUAUUAUAAUGAAGCAUUGCAAGCAUUCGAAAAGCUCCAUUCGAUUGUCCCAAACAGUGAAGAAGUCAUUUAUCAACUAGGCCAUAUCAACGAAUUGAUUGGACUCAGGAGACAAGCUCUAAAGUGGUACUUAAUUCUGAUCACCAAAGUCCCAACUGACUCUGAAAUUCUCUCCAAAAUGGGAUUCCUGUAUCAAUUGGAAGGAGAUGAAUACCAGGCUUUACAUUACUACCAAGAAAGUUAUCGCUACAAUCCUUCUAAGAUUGAUACUCUUUCAUGGCUUGCGAUUCAUCAUGUGAAGCAAGAAAGUUAUGAGAAAGCUAUUGAAUUGUUUAACAAGGCAACCCUUAUUGAGCCAAAGGAAGUUAAAUGGAAACUUAUGGUUGCUUCAUGCUACAGGAGAAUGAACUUAUUCCAACAAGCUCUGGAGCAUUAUGAAGAGGUUCACGAAACCAAUCCUGACAACAUUGAAUGAUUGAGAUAUCUUGUUGCGAUCUGUAAGGAUCUUGGCAAGAAAGAAUAUUAUGAAUAUUCAAAGAAAUUAGGGAAGCUUGAAAGAAACCAAGAUAUGAACAAUCAUGGAGGAAUGAUGCCAACACGAGGAGAAUUAGAGAAUAAUAUGGACCAAUACAAUAAUCCUGGCGGACAGCCAGGGUAUGGCGGUCAGCCUGGGUGCGGAGGAGCAAAUGAUCCUUAUCAAGAUCAAACUCCUAUGCAGCAACCAGAGAAAAGAUAUAUUCAACAAAGAGAUGACAACGAUGAUGACUGGGGAGAAGACGUCGAUGUUGACGGUCUACUAAAAUAA